CUCCAUUCUUGAACAAGACAUUUUCAUUCACGUCUUACAGUUACAAUGAGAAAAAUGUCCCCUGUUUCAAUGCUCUGUUUCUUGCUCUUUCAACUCCUAUUUCCUUCUCUAGCGCAAUCGGACGGCGACAUAACCGUCGGAUCUUAUCUGACCGCGAUAAACGACAACUCUUCGUGGCUUUCACCUUCGGGGGAAUUUGCAUUCGGCUUUCGUCCACUACCUGCCAACCGCAACGACGGUGGCGAGGUCUUCUUGCUCUCCAUUUGGUAUAGCAAGAUACCUUCAAGAACGAUCGUCUGGUUCGCAAAUGGAGACCGUCCUGCACCUGAAUAUUCGAAGGUAACGCUCACUUCCAACCUUGGCCUGGUUCUCAGUGAUCCACGAGGAGAAAGAUUGUGGAUGUCGGAGAACAUUUUUGGUACCGUCACGCACGCUACUAUCAACGACACGGGCAAUUUUUUGAUUCUUGGUUCGAACUUGGAGACAUUAUGGGCAAGCUUCGACGAUCCUGACGACACAUUGCUUCCUUCGCAAACGCUGGAAAAAAGUAAGUCCCUUUCCUCUCGUCAAUCAGAGGGAAACUUUUCCAGAGGAAAAUUCCAGCUUCGGAUGCUGGACAGUGGAGACCUCACACUCAACACCAUAAACCUGCCUUCCAGUUAUGCAAACGAACCUUAUUACAGCACUGGAACUGCCCGAGAUUCUAACACGUCGAGCCCGGGGAAAGAAGUCGUGUUCGAUGACUCGGGUUCUUCGUAUGUGCUGAGAGAAAAUGGCGAUAAAGUUUACCUCUCGCAGGUGAAAGUACCUUCAGCAUCAGAGUUUUACCACAGAAUUACGCUGAGCUUCGAUGGGGUUUUGACUCAAUACGUACACCCCAAGAAUUCUGAUUCUAAUGGAAGCUGGAUCUCUCUGUGGUCUGAACCUGAAAAUAUAUGCACUGCCGUUCCUGUUUCACGCGGCUCUGGUAUUUGUGGCUACAACAGCAUUUGUUCCCUGGGCGACAAUAACAGGCCAAAAUGUGGCUGCCCCGACAAAUACAUUUUGCUUGACCCCAAUGAUGAGUAUGGCAGUUGCAGACCUAACUUCACACUGAGUUGUGAGGAAGAUGAGAAGAAGCUGAAGCAGGGUUCCAUGGAGGAUCUUUACACUUUCGUAGAGCUAGAGCAUGCGGGUUGGCCGACGUCUGAAUAUGCCCUGCUGGAGCCUUUCUCCGAAGAUGAAUGCAGAAACUCAUGCUUGCACGACUGCAUGUGUGCGGCUGCCGGUUUCAGGGAUGGCAACAGUUGCUGGAAGAAGAAGCUUCCACUCUCCAACGGAAGAGUUGAUCCAAAUUUGAACGGAAAGUUCCUAAUCAAAGUCCCGAAGCGUGACUUAAGUCUUACAAACGCUUCCCAAUUUCCAAUCCCAAAGGGAAAGAUAAAAGACCACGAUCAUAGAAUUUUCAUUUUGGUUGGAUCAACGCUAUUUGGAACUUCUGUGUUCUUCAAUUUUCUACUCAUUGGUGCUAUCAUUUGGGGUUUUUUCUUCGUCCACCGCAAGAAGCUCAAGAAAAUAUCCACCAAAGAGAAUGUCGUGGAAUCGAAUUUGCGUUAUUUCACUUACCGGGAGCUUUUCCAAGCCACGGAUGGGUUCAAGGAAGAGAUAGGCCGGGGAUCUUUCGGGAUUGUUUAUAAAGGGGUGAUGUCUAACAAUGCAGCAAUUGCCGUGAAGAAGCUAGCUAGUGUGAUGUCCCAGGAGGAGGAGUUCAGAACAGAAGUCAAUGUGAUAGGCCAGACCCAUCACAAGAAUCUGGUUAGGUUACUUGGUUUCUGUGAUGAAGGUCAAGAAAGGUUGCUCGUUUAUGAGUUCUUGAGCAACGGCACGCUGUCAAGCCUUCUCUUUUCAGGUGAAUCCAAACCCAGUUGGAUCCAGAGAUGCCAUAUCGCUUUAGGAAUUGCCAGGGGAUUGCUAUACUUGCAUGAAGAGUGCACUACACAAAUCAUCCACUGCGACAUAAAGCCACAGAACAUACUUCUCGACGACUACCACAACGGAAGAAUCUCCGAUUUUGGGCUUGCCAAGCUCCUGAAGAUGAACCAGAGCCAUACUCAGACGAAUAUCAGAGGAACAAGAGGGUACGUCGCUCCUGAAUGGUUCAGGAACUUGCCAAUCACUGUGAAAGUGGACGUCUAUAGCUACGGUGUGUUGCUUCUAGAGAUAAUAUGCUGCAGGAGUUGUUUGGGGAGCGAGGCGAGCAGAGAAGGAGAGGGAGAGAUAUUGACCGAUUGGGCUUAUGAUUGCUUCAUGAACGGAAGGCUGGAAGCACUGGUUGAAGGUGACACGGAGGGUCUGAGUAACAGGACGAAGCUGAAGAAUUUGGUCAUGAUCGCGUUUUGGUGUAUUCAAGAGGACCCUUCCUUGAGGCCAACGAUGAAGAAAGUGACACAGAUGCUGGAAGGAGCAGUGAAAGUGCAGGUCCCUCCAUGUCCAUUCCCCUUGAACAGCAGCAUCUCCUCCUUCCUUCACCCAAAUUGCACAGGGCUUAAGUGAUAAGUGAUAUGAACUAUGAAUAGCAAUCUUCUCACGCUGGUCGUGAACAUGUUGUCUUCGCUACAUCCAUUUUUGCAGCUCGCUAGGUAGCUUACGUAGGAGGAGAACCUGCGGUUGCCAAUCUUGCACAAGGUAGAGGAACCAAAAAUCAAUACAUGCAGAGUUUGGAACCACUGCAGACUAGUGCCACCAUCUCAAUUCCCCUAUGCAUAAUGUGAUGAUGCACCGUAUCAAGAACAUUGGGUUUUAGACUUCAUCCUACAGCCAAGUUCAAAUGAGAGAGAA